AUGGGCGCAAGUACCCGGACCAGGUCGCGAACGGCGCGUAUCCAUGAGCUGGAGUUGGAGCACCGCGAGAAUAUGCGCAAGACGGACAUGAUCGGCCGUGAUGAGGAGUCCCGCCUGCUGCAGGUCAAAUUGCUGGCCUCGCGAGACGAAACUGCUGCCCUUGAGAUUAAAAUCUCCCAAAAAGAGGAAAUAAUUGCCGCCCUCACCGAGAAAAGCGACGGCCUGCGCGCCGAGUUGGGUGAAAGCAAAAAGGCAGCGUGUGCGCAAGAGAUACAGAUGAAGAAGCGCGACAUUGAGCUGGCUAACCUUCAGGCCGAGGUCGACUCUCUAAGCGGCUCGAUGCAGGACACGAGUAAAGCUAUCCAGGAGAAAUUUGCCCUCACGCGGGAACUGGAACGACUGCGACCCGAGAUGGAGCACCUCAAGUCUCAGCUGUCCAACUACCAGGCCAUGGUUGCAGAAAAGAACGAUCUCCGGCGUCAGCUGGACUCUCUAGAAGUGGAGCUCGAGAAUGAGAAGCGGUCAAGACAAAGGGCGCAACUCAAGGAGGACGACGCCGCCAUGGCAGGGCUCAAAUCUCGGCUAGAAAAGGCCGAGAAGAAGCUCGCCGCUGACGCCAAGGAGCGGGAAAAGACAAAGGCAGAGCUUGGCAGAGAGCUCGCCGAGGCCCAGGCCCGCGGCGAACGGUUAGAGGAGAGGGUCGAGUCACUCAAGGCAAAGUACAAGGCCUCGCAGAGUGAGCUCAAGGAGUCGAGAAGCCGGCUGGAGGCGUGCCAGACUGAGCUCGAAAGGGCCAAGAAGACGGUCGCACGAGGCGCCAAGGAACCCGCCGUCAAGAAGAGCGUUACGAUCGAAUCAGGACUUAACCGCAAGCGCCGGGCGCAGGAGAUGAGCUACGACGACAUCACGAUCCAAACACCGGGCAACCAAGACAUGGCCAGCAAGCAGCCCGUCACCAAGAAGCGCGGCGCGGAGCAGGCGGUGGUUGGCGAAAAGUCUACCUUUUCCAUCACGCCUUUCUUGAAGCGGACCAAGAAUCUCUCGGACGAGUCUUUGGAGGAAGCAUCGGCAAACGAGACAUCGGACGGGGCUGGCCCGGACUCGACAUUCGCAGAGCAGGGGGACGGCACCGGCCCCUCCGAGACCGUCGCCGAACCCGAGGCUGGGGACGACGGCUCAGACCUGGCCGCGGAGACCGAGGCGGCACCGAAGCGCAAGGUGCAGACCAAAGCCCAUUCCAAGGCGGCGGCUCCAAAGGCACCUCCCAGGCCGCGAGGCAGGCCGAGGAUAAAGGGGCUCGCGGAGGCCUCGCCGGCCGAGGCGAACAAGGUCAUUGCAAAGGCGGAGCGCGCGGCGGCAGCGAAACCACCAGCGACUCUCAGCACGGUGACGGAGGUGCCGCCCGCCGACGAGCAGGAGAACGCGUCCAGCAAGGCACCGCCUAAGGGGCCGGAAGGGGAUGCCAAGAAGAAGAAGCGGAAGCUCCUCGGGGCGACGAGCCGGGCAUUGCUAGGCGGCGACGAGGACGGCGAGACGGCGGCGGCCGCGGUUCCCGCAAAGCCGGUGCUCGUGCCUGGCAAGAAGCCGAGGCUUCAGCUGGGUGGCGGCGGCGGCAUGAAGAAUGCGUUUGCGGGAGCUGCGUUUUCACCGCUCAAGCGGGACAGGCGAGGUGUUAAUGCCAGCUUCCUGGCUUAG